AUGCGCCUUGACCCCGCUCCUCCCUCCUGCUUGAUGGGAUGGUCAGUGUCAAAGCCCCAUUCCCAGAGACUGGAGUAUGGCGUCCGGUUGUCAAACACUGGGGAGGUGGACGAGAGGCGCCUCGUGUCGUACUGCAGGUCAAGGAAAGAUCAUGUAAAGAGGUACCAUGUCCUUCCACCAUACAAGAACCCGGCACGAUCAUAG